AUGAGUGACAUGGAUAUGUCGCACUCAUCUAUGAUGCAUAUGGUCUUUCAGAACAGCAUCACUACGUCUCUCUACUCAGAAUCCUGGACACCACGCACGAGCGGCGCCUAUGCUGGAACCAUCAUAUUCUUACUCAUUCUUGGCAUAGCGUUUCGACUACUACUUGCAGGCAAGGCACUAGCAGAGGAGCGAUGGUUGGAUGCUGAGAUGAAGCGAAGAUACGUUGUUGUGCAGGGAAAGCUCCCUGUCGCAGAGCAGGUGUCAACUGACAGCUUCAGCAAGAAGAUGACACUGACGGAAAAUGGCGUCGAAGAGGAUGUUAUGGUUGUACAGAAGAAACAGCUUCACCUUCGUCCUUGGAGAAUGUCAGUCGAUCCUAUGCGAGCGGUGCUAGAUACUUGCAUUGCCGGUGUCAGCUAUCUUCUCAUGUUGGCAGUCAUGACGAUGAACGUCGGAUACUUCAUUGCAAUCCUCGGUGGCACAUUCCUAGGCAGCCUGCUUGUCGGCCGAUUCUACAGCUCAGAACACUGA